AUGAGUCAACCGACCUCGAAUACUGCUGGACGGGCCAAAGCAGGGCCGCUCAUACAAGAGCAGUUUCCAGACGUUGUCAUCAGCAAAAUUACCACAGCACCUGCACAUCCACUCUUCAAUUACCAGGGCUUUAAGCCAGGAAGGACAGUCCUCAGCAAAGGCUACACCAAGGCUGAAGGAUUUCGGGCUUUUGCUGUCGACACAGUAUUCGACCGGGACCUGGCUAUCACAGUCCGGGAUGGAGCUCGCUUGUAUACCGAUAUUUUCAGACCAGCCAGCUCCGACACUGAAUCUGUGCCAGCGAUACUUCCCUGGAGCCCUUAUGGCAAGACAGGCACCGGUCCUCAAAACUACGAUUUCAUGGCACCCUUCCGUGCUGCUAUUCCCAAGGGCAGAACAUCAGGCUACGAGAAAUUUGAGGCACCGGAUCCGGCCGAGUGGACUGAGCGAGGCUACGCCAUGAUCAAUAUCGACGCCCGUGGCGCGGGGCAUAGCGACGGUAUCAUAGCCCACUGGGGUAACCAAGAAGCACAGGACAUCUGGGAUGUCAUCGACUGGCUUUCUCAACAGCCGUGGUGCAAUGGCUCAGUGGUUAUGGCUGGUAACUCGUGGUUAGCUAUCUCUCAAAUCAACUUUACCUCGCGAAUGUCUCAUCCAGCGUUGAAAGCUAUUGCACCCUGGGAGUCGUAUACCGACCCAUAUCGCCACUUUACCGCUCGUGGUGGCCGACCUCAUAUCCCAGGAUUCCAUAAGAUAAUUGCGGGAGGUUUUGCCGGGCCGGAAGGUGUUGAAAAUAUAGUUGCCAUGCUAACUCUACAUCCUCUUUACGAUGACUACUGGGAAGCUAAAAGAAUUCCUGUGGAGAAUAUCAAUAACAUCCCUCUUUAUGUCCUGGCGUCAUACUCGAGCAUGUUGCACACUAAUGGCUCCUUCCAAACCUUCCGCGAGGCCAAAACGACCCGGAAAUGGCUUAGAGUUCAUCCAUAUCAAGAAUGGUACGAUCUAUAUCGGGACGAUAUAAAUGAUGAGCUACAGCGCUACUUUGACCACUAUGCCAAAGGAGUUCAAAACGGAUGGGAGGAGAACACGCCUCCAGUGCGACUAUCUCUACUGGGUUUUGACCACGCCAGCCCAGCGAAGACGGUCCUUGAAAGGCCUGAGAAAAGGUACCCGCUCGAGCGCCAGCAGUUGACCACUUUUUAUCUCGACGCCUCGACUAGCUCCUUACACAAAGUAAACCCGACAAAUGAGGCAUCCGUACAGUAUGAAGCCCAUCAUUUGAGCGACAGCGCCGACUUCCGCCUCUUUUUCGACGCCGACGUAGAAUUGGCCGGACCUUCCUUGGCAACUGUAUUCAUGUCGACACCCGACUCAACAGACAUGGACAUUGUGGUACAGAUCCGAAAGAUCAAUUCCAACGGUGAGCCACUCAAGCAUCUAAAUUAUCCAUGCCAUGUGCCGGAGCCUGAAGUUCCCGAUUUGAAUGUGGCCAAAACUCUGGGCCCACAGGGCUUUCUCCGUGCCUCACACGCGAUUAGCAUCGACCGGUCGCUAUCGGCCUCGGAAGUCGAACCCUUUUACACCCAUCGCGUGCGUCAGCCAAUUGAGCCAAAAGGCACGAUAGUGCGACUGGAGAUCCCCAUUUGGCCGAUCGGUAUGGUCUUCGCUGCGGGUGAAGGAAUCAUGCUCCGUAUUAGCGGCCAUGAUAUGUGUCUUCCAGAGACAGAGUUGUGCAGGCUGACCGAACCGGAGGAUGAAAACGUCGGUGUACACGUUCUAUACACCGGUGGACAGUAUCCCAGCUCACUGACGAUCCCGGUGAUUCCAGCCUAA